GGGCGCUGCCCACCCGGCGAAGCGAGCGGCGCGCAGAGGCUACAAGUGCCAGGAUCGGCGAUCGGGGCACUUUUCCGAGGAGCGGCGCCCGGACCCACGCACCCCAGCGGGGGUCGCAGCUGCAGGAAACUUGCCUUCUCAUUUGAGGAAUCCUGCCACAGAAACGUGUGAGGCCUUGGAUAAAUUUGGCUUAGUGACGGCAGUGCUUUCCUUCAGAGACGAGGUUGCUUGCUUUGUGCCCAGCUCUGCCCUGACCUUAGGCUCUGGGUGUCAGCCCCUGUGAGGACUCAGAGGAUCCGCCCCCUUUCUACACAGCAGCCAACAGCUUUCCUCUCCUUUCCUCGGGUUCAGGAGAAACUGGGCAAAAGUGUCAACCGUUGUGGCUGCAGAGGAGAUGGGUACCACAGGAGCGAAGAUGGCCAUGCAACCCUAGCUCUGGUUGGCUUCUAAUCUGCGCUCUCCUGGCUGAGUUUCUGAACGGUGCUGGGGCGAUCUGACGAGCUCCGAUGGAGCUACAGUACCUCACUAAGAAAGACAGCCAGACGGUGCUGGUCAACGCUGUGGACUGGACAGCAGGAGGCCUACCUCGUGACCAGGCAGACGCAGUUGUCACCCAAGCUGCUUUCUGCUGCCAGAGACACUGUCCGUCCACUCCGAGAGCAGCUGAGAUGGAAGAGUGUACAGUUGAUGCUUCCCCAGCUGCCACCUUUUCCUCCCCCCAAGGCACCCUUCCUCCUCCAUCCGGCUUCGCCCCAGACCCGCUCAACUCAGGAAACGCUCAGAUCGCGGCAGAACGGAAAGUCUGCGACUGCUGCAGCCAGGAACUGGAAACUUCGUUCACCUACGUCGAUGAGAACGUCAACUUGGAACAGAGGAACUGCUCUCCUUCCUCCAAGGGGAGCCAUCAGCCGGGAGAUGCCGGCUGGGGGGAUUCAAGCGAGUGGUCCCAGGAAGCGGCCAUGUCCUUAAUAUCGGAAGAUGAAGAUGACACAAGUUCAGAAGCCACGUCCGCAGGCAAGUCAGUGGACUAUGGCUUCAUCAGUGCCAUCUUGUUCCUGGUCACUGGCAUCUUGCUGGUGAUCAUCUCGUACGUGGUGCCCCGAGAGGUGACGGUCGACCCCAACAGCGUGGCGGCCCGGGAGAUGGAGCGCCUGGAGAAAGAGAGCGCCAGGCUGGGGGCGCACCUGGACCGCUGCGUGAUCGCCGGACUCUGCCUUCUCACGCUUGGGGGGGUCGUGCUGUCUUGUUUGCUGAUGAUGUCUAUGUGGAAGGGGGAGCUUUAUCGGAGGCACAGGUUUGCCUCCUCCAAGGAGUCUGCGAAACUCUAUGGUUCUUUCAACUUCAGGAUGAAAACCAGCGGGAAUGAAAACACCCUGGAACUGUCCUUGGUAGAAGAAGAUGCUCUGGUCCAGAGUUAAAUCUGCUGGUGUGCUUCUUCAGAAAGCUCUGUCUUGGCGUUUUGUAUGGGAAAGGGGAACACACACACACACACAAAAGAGAAAACACAUUUUGUAAAAUUACCAGUGCAGUUUAUUUGCCUGGCAAGAAAAGCUUAUUUCCCAAACCAACUGUCAGCGAGUGUAUUUGUUCUCUGUUCUCUCGGUGUUUUUUAUUUAGAAGAAAAUACAUUGAGAUGCAUUGAGUGCAUUGAGAAACCACAACCAACAACACCUAUCCUUCCCAAAACCUGAGACUAAUUCAACUGCACUAGCUUUUAGCUUCUUGGCAAAAUGUUUCUAAUGAUCUGGUGAACAAAUGAUUUCUUUUACAACAUAUGUGGUAUUCAUUAACACACGGAAUAGUGUCCUAAACUGAGUAAGGUCACUUAGGAAUCUAUUUUUUGGAAAAGAACUCAAAGACUAAUCACAUACUGAGGCUUAUGUUGAAUUCUCAAAGGGCCUUAUCCGUUUGCUUGCUAAUUUUUUUUUCUUCUUGUGUUUGCACCAAACAUUUUAAAAUGUAAGGCUUUCAAGUUUGGAUAUUCUGAAGCUUAAGUUAUUUCAAAAGCCUAUAAAAACAUUCAUUAACUUUAAAAUUAUUCCUGUACAUGACAGUGGAAACUAAAUCAUUUAAUGCACAGACUAGUAAAAGAAAGUAGUCUAAAGGUGCCCUCUGAAUUUAGUCCACAGCGGCAUUUUGAAGUACUAGAAUCACACACCCAUUUUCUAAAGUUAUACUAGUUGCUGCUGGGAAUUUUGUUUUGUGUUUGUGACUUAGCCAUCUAAGACUACCCAUGCUCUGCAAGUCUUUUCUGGUUCUCAUACCAGAAAGUCAAAGUGUAAACUGUGCUGUAGAUUUCCAGAGAUCUAAAUAUCUAGCAGAUUUGAGUCAUGCUAGCUCAAGCAUACCAUUUUGUUGUUGUAUGGAGAAAAUCUCAAAGACAUUCCCAGUUAUUCUCUUGGGGACUAUGCUUGGAAGGCUGUAGUAUACUUGCUGUAAAUUGAACAACAGUAGACCCCCAGGAUGGUGUCCAUAUUGAAACCCACAGACAACAAAUUUAAAAUCGCAUCAGAGUGAAAAGCACUGAUUUUAUGGGAAAUACACUCAAGUUCCCAAUGGCAACUGUCCAGGCAGCAUUCUGAGUGCCUUGUUUAUGGCCUCAGGAAAUGUGAGCUCUUUUAUUGUAAAGCUAAAUACUUGCUCCAUGAGAGUAGUGAUGGCAAAGUGAUCACCGGUUUUCUGAAACACCAAUGGACACCCAGUGUCCAUACAAACAUUUGAUGAUUCAGAAAGGGAUUGGGGAACGCAGCCUCAGAGACAUGUACAUAGAAAUUUUUCUUAGGAUGUUUCCAAUCCCUUUCUUUAAGAGUUGUUUUAAUCUCUAUUACUGUUAUCUGGAGUCUAAAAAGAGUUUGAAGUAGGGAACUGGGGAUGGAGGGUGGGAAGUGAGAAAGUGACAUAUUUGGUAGAUUGUGAAACCCAAAUUCUAGUAUCUGAAGUGUUACUGUUAUUGAGAAUUGUGGAAUUUGCAGUUGACUGACUGGCUAUUUGGAGUCAGAGUUUCUAUGUGAAUGAGAUCUCGUGGGUGUCAGAUUGGUUUGAUAAGUUAGGUGAGCAGUGUUACUAAGGUUAAGAUGAAGUGCAGAAAGGGAGGAUCAGAUAAUAGUGAAAUAAAGCAGGCAUGUAUGUGAGAGAAUUAUUAAAUAAAUAUGAGACAUCACAGGGACAUCAGAGGCAUGAAAUAUAGCUCAGUUACCUUGUAGAUUAGGUUAGGAUUGAUUCAGAAAGAAUUGGGACGGUAUAAGCAUGACUUUUGUCUUUUUGUUGCUGGUUAUUUGUGCUUUUUGGGAACAAAUCUCUUGUUUCACUCUGACUUUCAAAUGGUGUGUACAAAGUACCUGUUGUGUGAAUUUCAUAAUCUGAAAUUUUAUCAAUUUUCAGGUUCAAGCCUACUUGAGGAUCCUAUUUGGAUGAUUUUAAUGAAGUGGUUUUCACAUUUUUUUAUACUUGUGAAUCAGUGAAAAUAGGAAAACUAUUUAUUAGAUUGCUAAGGCAAGAAAUAGAAACUAUUAUUUAUGACAGUAUUUUUCAAAUUCGAUUUUAAAUGUAAUAUAAACUAAAAAUUGGAUCCAGGAAUGCCAUGCAUUAAACAGCAUUAGUUUUUCAUGUACCAGGAGGAAAUUUCUGUGGACUGUCAGUAGUUCAUUGACCAGUGAUUAAAAAAUUACUGAUUUAAGCAAGACAGACAAACAGACAGACACACACACACACAUGCAUAUACACAUUCAUAGAAAUAUCUGAAUGUUUUUAUACCACUUAGUAAAAUAAGAUAUUCAUAGGGAAAAAAUUUUAACAAGUGAGAAAACAUUUGCUUUCCCCCACUAAGAUUAAAAAACUGAACUGUAGCAGGUAGUUUGAUAUCGUUAUUUUAAUCUGUUCAUUUCUAGAACACAUCACUUUUAAGGUUCCCCAUCUGAUUGGCAGAUGAGUAGGAAUCACAGAAAAUCUCAGAAAAUCCUGGAGAUGUCUCCUUUAAUGCUGUAGUGACAUAUUUCAGAUAACUGUCAUCAUCAACUUCUCACAGGUAUUCAGGCUCUUGUCAAAUGAUUUUAUUUGAAUCAUACAUUCAAAUGAAAAUUACUUAAAUUUAAAGUGAGGGUAACACAGGCAAAGCAAACCCUGAACUUCAGACACUUUUGUUUUCUGCUGGAUGAGGAGGUUUUGUGGAUCCUAGAUUUAUUGAGAAGUGCUUUUGGAAGACCAGGUGAUAAUGCUGUAGACACUGAGCCGCUGAUAGCUGUGGUGUCGGUCUUGGACCCUUUAGGGAGAUUUAUGACUUGGCUUUUAUCUCUUCAACAUAGUGUUGGAUGUUAUCUAUGAAAUUUUUAUCACUAGACCUGGAGAAACAACUUUACAGAGGCGAGCAAUUUAAGGCUGUAGCUAUAGUAAAUGGGAUUGAAAAAAACCUUCAAAAUCACCUUCCUUACCUAAAAUAGUGGUUCAGCCAUGUGACCCAAGGGAGUAACAGAAGCAAAUCUGCCUUUCUUUGUUUUUACUGGGACACCCAUGCUGCCAACAGACAGUUGAUCCCUCUUCAUGUCAAUGCGCUUCUUUGUAGGAGAUUCUGUUAUUGUUUAGAAAUGUUCCUGAGGCUAUUUGUCAGGGCUGAAUUAUUUUCUUUUCAGUGUUGCUGUCCUUCCCAGCCAUUUGAAGUCCCUGCAGCAGACCAUGGCUUAAGAUAUUCUGAAUCCUUCGAAGGAGGAUGUUUUUUCCACAAGCUCGCCAUUUCAUAACUGACAUACUGUUUGGAGGAGUAGCAAAUGCUUUGACACAUGAAUCUCCUGGUGGCUGUGACUUCUUAGACCCAUAAGACAGAUAAGUCUAUUGGUUCUCUAAACUUGAUAUUUGCUUUGAGAGCAAGAUCAUAUGCUUUGCUGUCUGCUUAGAAUAUACAUCUACCUACCAUAUUUAUAUUUUUGAAGACAAACUGGACCACUGCUACACCUGUUCCUGAAAGGACACACAUUUAGAAAAGGGACUGGCCUGCUAAAUUUAAUUUAUGUUUCCCCUAUGUCCAUUUAUGAGGAUAUGUGAUGACUGAACACCAUGCCAAUUGAAUACCAAGAUUUAAGGGUGUGAACUUUAGUUCUAUUUGGGGCUACUUCUUAGUGACAGACAAAAAUGUAAACAAAAACUUUUUUGGUGGGAAAGGCAUCUGGGUCAUUCUGGUGCUUCUCAGAGAUUACUCCUUGCCUCUAUUCUCAGAAAUCACUUUUGUCAGGGCUCAGAUGAUCAUAUAUGGUGAAUCUAAGUCAGUUGCAUGUAAGACAAACAUUGAAAUGACCAUAUAUGCUUGAACUUGGGUUAGUUGAGUGCAAGGCAAGCACCCUACCUGUUGUUCUAUUCUUCUGGCCCAAGCAAGAACAUUUGAACAGUUCUGUCUGUUUUCACCUGUCCACUGACAGACUUGGCUUCAUCAGGCAAAGUUAAAAACAGAAAUAUUCCAUAUAUUUAUUUGGAGAUUUUUUCAAUCUAAAGGUCAGAUUCUAUUGUAGCCAUAACUUCUAUACACAAAAUGUGCCUGGUGAAAUUCACAUCCUUUAUCUGUUCAAUAAAAUUUAGAAACAUCGACUAAAUUCUGCAGGAAGAAAUAAUAAGAUGGAUCCUUACAGUACUCUGUAACUCAGUAAUGGGGCUUAAUCUUUCCCAGAAUUGGCCAAAAGAAUAACUACAGUAGGAAUUAUAAUGAAGUCUAUCAUUUCCUUUAUAAAAGGUUUUAUAACAAAGAGAAUGAAUACCUGGUUCUCUUUCAUCUGGUUUCUGCUCUAUCAUUUUGUAGACUGUAGUUCACUCUUCUUAUAUAGUCUCCUUAUAUAGAGAAGUAUAUAUACAUAUCUGGCUCAAAUAUAUUCUCUCCUCCCAAAUUUUAUUGGGCAUAGAACUUGGGAAAUAAUUUGCCUGACUUAGGUUAUGUACCAAUAACUGUAAAAAGUAAGUUGUUAUUUGAAAUAUGUGACAUUGAAUUUGAAAAUCCACAGCUUACAUGUAAGAGGGUGCCUGCAGCUAUAUAUUUGUUUAUGUGCAAGUUUAUGCACACUCAAGUCUAUGUAUGUAUUAGGAGAAUAUGAUUAUGGAACUGUAAUAUUCAAAGCUGUUGUUAGGACAUUUUUGUAUAGAACACUUGGCAUGCCUUAAUGUGAACUGUUAAGGACAAGUGAAUCUUUGACAGGUCAUGAAUGAAGAAUUCAGAAUCAACCUCUGAAUGAAAUGCCAUAAUAAAAUUACUCUAUUUUGGUUGUGUGGCAUCCCACAAAUAUUUGAUUUUUUUUUUUAUCUCUCAUUUCAGGCUCAUAAGAGUGUUGCAUCUUUGGAAGUUGUUUUAAUAUGAAUUACUAUUUCAGGGAAAUCCAGACAGCUGAGUGUUUUUCUUUGAAUCAAGUUUUAGUAACCUGAUUGCAUUUUAGGGCCUGCUAGAUUUCUUCUUUUCCCCUUUGUCAUAUCCAUGAAUUUUUAGCCAGGCUCUGAAGAAAUAAUUACAUAAGAAGGCAAAGAUGAAUGCUUAUUUAUAGUGUACUGAGAGUUUUUAUUUUGUGGUUCUUCUUGUAAUUUUAAUUCUACUUAUUUUAUCAAACAAGGAAAAUAUUUUGAUGUUGAUAUGUGUUAUUUUUUACAUCAUAAAAGGCAAGAUUAUGGUCUUUUUACUAGGGCUGUUGAUGCCUUAUAUAUUAGUAGCAAGUGUGUAAUAUUUAAAAAUAAAACUAUUUAUUAAGA